GUUCAUUUAUUCAUAUGUCUUUUAUCGUAACGUAUUAUCACUUAUAUAACAUUAUUACUUUAGUAUUUGUACUUGACAUUAAUUAAUUAAUUAAUUAAAUAUAACUUGUGAACGAUUUUAAUUUGAAGAAUACUAAUAUAUCAACAUUACAUAAGAAAACAAUAGAGACGUUUACAACACUCUCCUUCUGAAGUCAGCCAGCGUUCGAAAUAUUGACUUGACUGGAGACGCGCAGGGGCGCACGCACACCUAUCCAUCAUCAAUUACCUCCUUACAUCCCAGUCCAUUGAAUCCACUUUAAAAUGAGAGAUGCAUAAACAAAGGCAGAAUCUGUUUGAUUUUCAGAUGAAAUCCUGAGAAACGAACACUGAGAAAGAUGAAAGCCAGGCAGCCUGUCAUCUCAUUGGAUAUUUAGGUGCGUCCCCACCGCAAAGAUCCUUCAUCCGAGCAACUUAGCCAUGGCACAGGCAUUGUAAUGUCUGUGAAUGACACCUGAUAUGGCUGCACGGGCUUACAGCUUUUCAAACAGUGAUUGUUUACCGCGAAUGUUUUAAAAUCAAGUCUGGACGCGGUGCGCGUGCAUUGAAGACGCCGCAAAGGUCUCCAUCAUGCUGAAGGUGCAUUCUGAGAGGUAGCAGUUCAAACGCUUACUUCAAGUCAGGCUCACUUAAUAAUUUCAUCCUUCAGUUCCCAUGAUGGCUCUGAUCUGCCUUUGUGAGUCUUUGAAUGGUUCAGAUCAGGAUUAUGUGCUUUGCAACAGCACUACAUUCAACUUUUCCGGCAAUGAGAGUGGACGCUGUCACCUUCAGACCAUGGAUGAAGUUCUGUUUAGGUUUCUGGGCCCUAGGCGAUCUUCUUUCUUCUUCCCUGUAACUAUUACGUACACCCUCAUCUUCACCACAGGAGUCUUGGGAAACCUCCUCACUUGCACUGUGAUCACUAAAGACAGGAAAAUGCAGACACCCACCAACCUAUAUCUAUUUAGCCUGGCUAUCUCAGACCUGCUGGUGCUGAUCUUCGGGAUGCCACUGGAAAUCUACGAGCUCUGGCAGAACUAUCCCUUCCCCUUUGGCGAAAGCAUUUGCUGCUUCAAGAUCUUCCUAUUUGAGACAGUUUGCUUUGCUUCUGUGCUUAACGUUACAGUGCUGAGCGUGGAACGCUACAUCGCUGUGAUUCACCCACUCAAAACCCGCUACGCAAUUACCAACAAGCACGCUCAAAGGGUCAUCGCUAGUGUUUGGGUUCUUUCCCUGAUCUGCGCCAUCCCAAACACUUCACUUCAUGGCCUGCAGUACCAGUACCUGCCAGAGAAGGUUCUGGAAUCAGCUACCUGCAACCUGCUCAAGCCCAAAUGGAUGUAUAACUUGGUGAUCCAGGUCACAACUCUUCUCUUUUACUUCGUCCCCAUGAUGAUGAUCAGUGUGCUCUAUCUGAUGAUUGGUCUGACACUGGGCAGGGGACAGAAGCAGAGGGAUGACAAUCUGGACAAGAACCAAGACAGCUGGAAAAUCCACCUGGACAGCAGACGGAAGAGGCAGGUCACCAAGAUGCAUUUUGUGGUGGUAUUGGUGUUUGCCAUCUGCUGGGCUCCAUUCCACAUCGACCGACUCUUGUGGAGCUUCAUCACGAGUUGGACUGACCACAUGCAUAAUAUAUUUGAAUAUGUGCACAUAAUCUCAGGAGUGCUCUUUUACCUCAGCACCGCCGUUAACCCCAUCAUCUACAACCUUCUCUCCAGUCGUUUCCGGGAGCGAUUUCAAGCUCUGGUGUGCAGUUGUCUGCCAUCGAGCUCUUCUCGUAAUGACUCAACGCCUUUACAUCAUCCCCAAAGACCCCCCACUGAUCUCCAGCGUCCAGGCUAAGAGCAGAAACGUGGGCGUCUCACUUCCUUUUGUCAUUAGCAGUAGCAGGUGGGAACCAGAGAAUGAAUGCUUUCAUGUGAAACAACAUGAUCUGUAAUCUCACAUCUGAAGCCUAGGUUACAUCUCACUAAGAAAAGAAAAAGAAUAAGAUGUGUCAAGUACAAUACUGUGUAAAUAAUAGGCUGUUCCUUAGAAACUACAUAUGAACAGACACAUAUUGGGUUUGGAUUAAUACGGUCUGUCUGGCUUUUUGAAGUUACCUUAAGCUAAUAAUAACCAGUGUAGUUAUAUUGUCCAAAUUAAUUUUUGAAUGAAAAUAAAACACUAUACAGUUCUGCAGAAAGGCCAUGGCAUUCAUGGUCAGUAUUAUAGUUCCUGUGGAUAUUAGUAAAAUAACAAGAGACAACAAGGUCAUUGAUUAAUAAAUAACAAAAUUGAUGCUAUGUGUCUGUUUAUAAAUGAAACUGUACAUCUGUAUAAUACAUAUGAAGUCUUUAUCAAAUGUUCUGUAUAAUUCAGGGUUUACUUUAGACAUUCCUAUUCCCUUUAUUUACUUUAGACAUUACUAACUAUAAAUAACUAUGAACUACAUGUCAACUAGCACUCAUUAAUUUUCAACAACAUGUUAAAGGGAUAGUUCACCCAAAAAUCUAAAUUACCCCAUAAUUUAUUUACCUUGAAGCCAUCCUAGGUGUGUAUGACUUUCUUUUUUAAGACAAAUCCAAUUGGAGUUAUAUUUAAAAACGUUGUGGCUUUUCCAAAUUUUAUAAUGGAAGUGAAUGGGUGUUAUUUUUCAAUAGUCCAGAAGAAAUCCGAUAAAGCUCAUCCAUCCAUAAUAAAAGUGCCUCACACAGCUAUGGGGGGUGAAAAAAGGCCUCCUGUAGUGAUUCAAUGCGUUUUUGUGAGAAAAAUAUCCAUAUUUAACAUUUUAUAAACAGUAAUCUCUCACUUUCAAUAACUGUCAUACAUGCGUUCACAAUAGAACGCUGUUUUGUUGGAUAACGCAGGGUGUCGGCAUAGCAUAAGUUAGGAAGCAAACUUUUCUUACUUUAGCAGAGAAAAACCAGUCUCGUCUUGGCUUACAACAUAUAAAUCCUCCAACAUUUUUCUCUAUAAAAUUCCAAAGUUUUGUACUUAUAAUUCAUGAUCAGUGUUUUGUUUUGCUCUCUCCUAUGCACUUCCAUGUUCUUAAUUUUUCAUUGGAGCUUACUCUACGCUGACGUCCUGCGUUAUCCUCCUGCAAUGGCAUUCUUUUGUGAACGUGCAGCCACUGCCACUUAUCCUAUUAAGCAAAACCCAACACAUUGAUAGCUCUACAAUAUUAGCCUAAUAUCAAUUUACACUCAGACUUAUCGCCCUGUUAGUUGUAGUGGGUGACUUACCAACAAGCUACGGUAUUAAACAAGCUAAGCUAGGUAAACUUAUAGUUGCUCAUAGAAAAAUACAUUGGAUAUCAUAAUAUUUUGUAAUGACAAAUGUAUUAAUGUUCCAGCAUCAUCUGUAUUAAAGAGAAAAAUAUCACUUAAUUCAAUGUUUAAAGUGAAUAAAAUAGCAUUGGCAGCCUUGGCAGGUAUUAAGUAGACAGUCUAAUAAUACUGACUAAUACUGACUGCUAGUUGACAUGUAGUUGCAGUUACUUAUAGUUAGUAGAUUGUCUAAAGUGGACUGAAAAUAAAGUGUUAC